UUUUAUUCUAUAUUAUGAUAUGCUUUAAAAAUGUACCUUUUUGCAGAAUUCAUUUUUCAAUCUUGCAAGCAUGACGUUUGUCAUGAAGAAUAAUUCCUCUGAGUGAUGUGUAUUUUCAUUUAUUGUGCGUUUAGGGAAUCCUUCUCAGCCUGCAAUUUUUAUGAUUAUUUUGCACAUCGCUGAGUUUAAGAAUUGCAAAAAUGCAGCUUGAGAUAAGAGUAAAAUAUUUAAAGGUGAAAAUGGCGAGUUUCUCCCCUGUUUAACUGUCAGGGAAAUUAAAAGACAGAAAAAGGUUUUGCACGCAGGUUCGAAUGGCACGUAGUGUAGGUACACAUGGUCCACCUGCAGAGGAGAGCCAACACCUGUCACGCACACCAGCCAGGCCGAAGUAGAUUCAAAGUGGGGGUUUAUCAGGGUUUUCACUACCCCUUAGUUCUAGUUUCAUUCGAACGAUCAUGCGGUUUAGAUCUUUUAUUUCACAUGUCAGUGAAAAUGUACGUAUACGAUGUAAAUAAAAUGCAAUAGAAUCUUUCUUCGUGUUAAUCUUUGCUUCCGAUGCGUUGCUUUUUUAAAACAUUCAAAGGUGCGACCAAAUCGACCCACUCAACCUCCUAUGAUCUCCCAUAACUUUAAGGUUCUUGGCAUGCGGUCGAUAUUUAUGCGAUGAAAGAUGGUGAAAAUGAAAGCAGAAACGAUCGACGCUGAGACACCGAUUGAUUGCGAUUCGUCAGAUAGCAAAGAGAAUAUGCACAGUGAGGAUUACGGUGUAGAAGCGGAAUUAACGAGUCUUACGUGGUUACAAUCGCUUGACAUUACAAGUGCCUCGAGCUUGCCAACACCACCCUGUUCUCCAUCUCCGCCGCCUGUUACGCGACAACCGAAAAAGAAGCUUUCACCCUUGAUCAAAGCUGAAUUAGAUCUUGCUGCAAACGCUGAAAAGUAUCGAACCGACCCUGAUGCAAAACCACCAUUCUCCUACGCUACAAUUAUAUGUCUGGCGAUGCGUGCAAAUAACAAUAAAGUGUCCCUUUCGAACAUAUAUGCGUGGAUUCGAGAGAAUUUUUUAUUUUACAAAUACGCUGAUCCAGCUUGGCAGAAUUCAAUUCGCCACAAUUUGUCGUUAAAUAAGUGUUUCGUGAAAUUACCACGAUCAAAGGAUGAACCGGGCAAAGGUGGUUUCUGGAAGUUGGAUUUGGAGAGAAUGGAAGAGGGCAGGAAAUCAAAACGUCGUGCAACGAUGUCGCAACGAGUUCGUGGAACGAAAAAUUUAACUCUGGCGAAAACAACGGUAACAAAUAGUGCACAAAACAAUGGUGCAUCAUCGAUCAACAGUUUAUCAACUUUAUACGAAACACCGCCGAGUAGCGUGUCUCCUCCGAUUCCAGACUGUCUGUCAGAAAUACCAGAAUCGACGCAAGUUAGUUUAAGCGAAGACGAUUUAACCGGUUUAUUAAUCGCUACCGCGGGUUGGGACGAGAAUCAGUUAGAUCUCCUAGAUUCUCUUUUGGAUACUCUUUAAAAUUGAUUGAUUGAAUGAUCCCUCUUUUUGUUUUUAACAUGUUGAAUAACGCGGUAGUUGUCUAUAUAUAUAAUUUAAUUAGAUAACA